AUGUUACCAGUAGUGAGCUUUCGUUGUCUGACCGUGCAGGCUAUUGAGAAGGGUGCAACUAUUCCUAACACGAAGAUGGGUCUGAUUCCCUGGGCUCCUGAGCUUGACUCGGGUGAGGUGUGCGGUGUCCCCACCUCGUUCGAGACUCACAAGGAGUGGAAGGGCAAGAAGAUCGUGGUUGUUUCAAUUCCGGGUGCUUACACCCCUAUCUGCCACCAGCAGCACAUUCCUCCCCUCGUGAAGCGUGCUGAUGAGGUGAAAGCAAAGGGCGUGGAUGCCAUCUACGUUAUUGCGUCGAACGACCCCUAUGUCAUGUCAGCGUGGGGCAUCUUUAACAAUGCUAAGGACAAGGUUGUUUUCGCCUCCGAUCUUAACAUUGCAUUCUCGAAGGCCUUGGGCGCGACAAUUGACCUGAGCUUCAAGGACAUGGGUGAGCGUACCGCUCGUUACGCCCUUAUUAUCGACGACCUUAAAGUUGUCGAUUUCGGAUCGGACGAGGGUGACACUGGCAAGCUGCAGAAUGCUUCUGUGGAAACCAUCCUCCAGAAGCUCUAA